AUGCCUAAUUACACGGUUUGGACAUUUCAUGGUGAAGAAAUUCCUUCGACCUCCAAUAGACUUGAAAAUCGGCAUGCAUCAGGUUCGAAUACUGUUGUACAUACAUCUGAGAUAGAUCAAUUUGCCUAUAUGCAAGAGAUGGUCGACAAUGCUCUUCGUCGACAUGACGAACAAGAAGCAAAUGAUAGUCAUGAUGAAGAGUCUCCAAAUAAAACCACUCAGAGGUUUUACAAAUUACUGACAGAGGCAAAUCUACCUGUAUAUGAAGGUUCAUCUGAGUCAAAAUUGUCAGUGUCCAUUAGACUCUUGGCUGGUAAAUCUAAUUGGAACGUUCCCAAUCAAGCAGUGGAUCACUAUACAAAAUUGAUUUUAGAUUUAACACCACCAAUCAAUUCUAUUCCGAAGAAUUGUUAUCAAGCCAAACGAUGUGUUUCAAUGUUGGGAUUGGAAGCCAAGAAGAUUGAUUGUUGUGUUAAUGGAUGUAUGUUAUUCUAUGACAAUGACAGUGGAAAAAAUGAUGCAUUGUUGGUUGAAUGCAAGUUUUGUGGCUCUCNUCGNUAUCAUACGAUGCAUGCAGGACNNAGGAAAAAAAAACCAAUUCCCUUAAAGUCAAUGUUCUACUUGCCCAUUAUUCCAAGAUUACAAAGAAUGUUUACUUCAAUGCAAACAUCACAACACAUGACAUGGCAUGAUGGUCACAAAACUAAAGGAGUUUUGCGUCAUCCUUCUAAUGGUGAAGCUUGGAAGCACUUCAAUCGUAAACAUCCGUCCUUUGCUAGUGAACCGCGUAACGUGAGACUUGGUUUAUGCUCUGAUGGGUUUACNCCAUACAUUCAGGCGUCUGCAUCACCAUAUUCAUGUUGGUCGGUGAUAGUUACCCCAUACAAUCUACCUCCUGAGAUGUCAUAUGGCAUGUUAUCUGGUUGGAGCACGCAUGGUCAAUUAGCUUGUCCACAUUGCAUGGAACAUACGAAGUCAUUCCAAUUGAGUUAUGGUCGGAAAAGUAGUUGGUUUGACUGUCAUCGACGAUUCUUGCCUAUUGAUCACCCCUUUAGAAGAAACAAAAAGGCAUUUCGCAAAGGGCAAGUUGAAAUAGAUAUGCCCCCGCCGAAGUUGACNGGAUCACACGUUUGGAGAAGAGUUAAAGACUAUCCGAAAGUCACUGAAUCUGGACAACAUAGGAUAGAUGGGUUUGGAGAAUGGCAUAAUUGGACNAAAAGAAGCAUAUUUUGGGAUCUUCCCUAUUGGAAAGACAACUUGCUAAGACAUAACCCGGAUGUCAUGAACAUAGAAAAAAACUUCUUUGACAACGUCUUGAACACAAUUAUGAAUGUUGUUGGUAAGACAAAAGAUAAUGACAAAGCAAGAAAAGAUUUACCUCUGAUAUGUGCACGAAAAGACUUAGAGUUGAAGGAGCAAGCUAACGAUCUAUUCUUCAAACCAAAAGCAAACUAUGCCAUCUCAAAAGAUGAGGCAAGAAUAGUGUGUGGAUGGAUCAAAGAGCUUAGAAUGCCAGAUGGAUAUUCUUCUAACUUGUCCAGAUGUGCCAAUGUUCAGAACGGUAUUAUUCAAGGCUUGAAGAGUCAUGACUGUCAUGUAUUCAUGGAGACUUUCAUCCCUCUUGCGUUUAGUUGUUUGCCACAACACGUGGUUUUUAAUGAGGCAUUAACUCCCAUGGUUCAAGAGUUAAGACAUCUCUCCAAUUGGCCAAUGAGAUGUGUGAAAGAAUGGCACACUUACUUCAUCAAUGGUUACAAAUUCCAUACACAUGAAUGGUCUAAAGGAAAUAAAACAACAAAUUGUGGUGUCUACGUCAGAGGAGCUGGUACUAGAGUGGAUCCUAGGUUUAACAUUGUCGAACUCCACAUGAGAAACAGAUAUAGACCGUUUGAUCCUUUCAUUCUUCCAACUAAUGUCAGACAGGUUUAUUAUGUGUCAUAUCCACCAUUUCGCAAUAUUGACAAGCAUGGUUGGACUGUAGCAAUACAAACCAAGCCUAGAGGUUGCAUUGACUCAAAUGAAGUUGAGGAAGAUGUUCCCUACCAACUUGACCAAAUGUCACAACAAUAA